AUGAGACAAUUUUUGAGAGCUACUAGAGGAAAACUGAAUCGUCAAAGCUUGCGGUUUGAUUCGCCCCUGACCCGAUUUGGGAAGCGCUUUGCAGUGAGAAUGGACGACUUUGACCGGUCGAUUAUCAGCGCUUCUUUGACCAAAGAAGAGCUCAAGAAUGCUUUCAAAAUGAUGGACGAAAACAACGAUGGGACCAUCGACGUCCGAGAACUCGCCCGGCUUUUUGUUUAUGACCCGACUGCUUGCGAAAAGUUCAUCUCUCACGUGAUCGACUCCGUGGAUGUGGACAAUAGCGGGACGCUGAACUUCACGGAAUUCCUGAUGCUCAUGGUGAAAACGGAAGGUCUCGAAGGCGUGAGACAUGUUUUCCAAAGCUACGAUGUGGACAACUCGGGAAAGAUUACCUCGAAUGAGUUUGCUGCUUGGAUGCGUCGUCACGGAAGAAUAAUCGAGUCGGAGGAGAUCGGCCUGAUGAUUCAAGCUUUUGACGACGAUGGAGACGGAGAAAUCGACUACAAUGAAUUCCUGCUCAUGGUCUGCCGGCGCAUUCUCCGCGACAAGGCGACCGAAGUCGACAUCAAUUUGGAGAAGCCAGCCAAGCCGGAGCGCAAAAGCUACUUCGCCUCCCGCUUCUUCACGUAG